AUGGCGAACCCAAAAGCGUUUUUGUCUAAUCUGCAAAAGAGGGUGGUGUGGCUAGAACUAGAAGUUGCAAGUUAUAACUACAACCCAAUUUCUUCUAACUUGCUUCAAUUAGGGAAUAGCAUGAUGGAUGAUCAGGACCUGGGCUUCUUUGCCAAUUUUCUUGGCAUCUUCAUAUUUGUAUUGGUAAUAGCGUAUCAUUAUGUGAUGGCCGACCCAAAAUACGAAGGCAACUAA